GUCCACCCCAGCCUCUAUAUAAACGUCACCUCUUCUCAUAACAUCUCAAACCAAUUUCAAUCCUAAUUUCUAUUUCCUAAACCUAAUUUUCUCUCAAUCUUGCCGUUGCUCUGUUUCAAUUUUUCUGCAUUCUUUUCUGUUCCUCAGUUUUUUCCAAUCGCUGUCAUUUAAUCUGAGAUCUUGAUUCAUAGAGGGGAAAUCGAAAAACAGAUCGAUCUCUAAUUGUUAAACAACAGAAGGUGUGAAUGAAGUAAUGGAGUCAAAAGGUGGUAAGAAGAAGUCUAGUAGUAGUAGUAAAUGCUCUUUAUACGAAGCUCCUCUCGAUUACAUCAUUGAAGACGUUCGACCAAACGGUGGAGUAGAAAAAUUCAAAUCUGCUGAUUACUCAAACUGCACCCGCAAACCCUCCUGAGAUUUUCUGGGUUCUGAUAGAUUUAGGUUUUUUAUCUUUCAUACUGCAAAAUUAUUCUAGUUUCCUCUUCUCCUUUUCCUCCUCCUCCUGGUUGCUUUUCAUCUUCUCCUGUUCUAUUUCUCUACAAACAACCGAAUUGUUUUCUCCUUUGAGUCAAGAUGGCCAUGACAAACUCAGCUAUUGGUUUUGAAGGAUACGAAAAGAGGCUUGAGAUAACGUUUUUUGAGAAUGGUAUUUUCUCUGAUCCUGCUGGGUUAGGUCUCCGAGCAUUGUCUAAAGACCAAUUGGAUGAAAUUCUGAACCCAGCAGAGUGCACUAUUGUUGACUCACUGUCUAAUGAUUAUGUUGAUUCGUAUGUUCUUUCUGAAUCAAGCUUGUUUGUGUAUGCUUACAAACUGAUCAUUAAAACAUGUGGGACUACGAAGUUGCUUCUGUCUAUCCCUGCAAUUCUUAAGCUUGCUGGUGGUCUUAACAUUGCUGUGAAAUUGGUUAGAUACACUCGUGGAAGUUUCAUUUUUCCGGGAGCUCAAUCAUUCCCUCAUCGAAGCUUUUCUGAGGAAGUUGAUGUUCUUGACAGCUAUUUUGGCAAACUUGGUUCUGGUAGCCAAGCUUACAUGAUGGGUGAUGCUGAUAAGUCACAAAUUUGGCACAUUUACUCUGCCAGUGCUAAACUAGAAGCUUCACCGGAAGCUGUCUAUGGUCUUGAAAUGUGCAUGACUGGUUUAGAUAAGGAAAAGGCAUCUGUGUUUUUCAAGACAAGCACAUCUUCAGCAGCUUUGAUGACUAAGAACUCUGGAAUCAGGAAGAUCCUUCCAAAAUCUGACAUAUGUGACUUUGAAUUUGAUCCAUGUGGAUAUUCUAUGAAUGGAAUUGAAGGGAAUGCAAUAUCAACUAUCCAUGUCACACCUGAAGAUGGAUUCAGUUAUGCAAGCUUUGAAGCUGUGGGUUAUGAGUAUGAAGAGAAAUCUCUGAAUGAAGUUGUUGAAAGGGUUUUAGCAUGUUUCUAUCCAGCUGAGUUUUCUAUUGCUUUGCACAUUGAUAUGAAUGGUGAAAAGCUUGACAAAUUUCCUCUAGAAGUUAAAGGAUACAACUGUGGAGAGAGGAGCAAUGAAGUUGUUGGAGAAGGUGGUGCUGUUGUUUACCGUUCCUUUGUUCGAAAUGAUGGCUGUGCAUCUCCAAAGUCUACUCUGAAAUGUUGCUGGAGUGAGGAAGAGAGCGAGGAGGAAGAGGUGAAGGAGAUAUAGUACUAUGGUCUUAGUUUUUAUGUUCUCUUCUGUUCUAUGUUGUCUUUUUUCAGUGUUACUACCUAAAUAAAUUUGUGCUUUGUGUGUUAUGUUGCUUGAUCAUGUAGUUUCUUAGUUUAUUUACAAUUCUCAUGUUGGUUUUGUACUUGGAUAAUAUUUCUAAAUAAAAAAGUUUAUUUUAAUAAA